CUUUUAUAAGUACAACUUCGUAGAUACGUAGAUACAUUCGAGCUUCAUCUGCACUGCCGAACGGUGAACCGUUACUUGACGUUGCGCUGCGGCUGCGCUCAGAACUCGUGCGCGGCAAAAAGCAAUUGCAGAAAGCAGAUACAACUUCAAAAAACUUAACAAAAAAACAUACAAAAAAUUGGAGCUAAAAAAACUCUUAAAAACAAAAACUACGAGUGCUAAAAAAAAACAAAGAAUAUUUUUUUUAAGUUAACUCCUUGGAUUACCGCAAAACUUACAAUUUUUUUGUCGCUAAAAAUACCAAAGAAGUGUGAUCGCCCAAAGUGUGCUAAGUGUGCUACCAGAAAUACGAAUAAAAAAAAAAUAUAAACAAAAAUAUAUUUUCAAAAUAUAUCCAUAUUUCAACAACAAAAAGUUACCAAAAAUAAAUAAUAUUAUAAUAUUAUUUAACGCUCAACAAAAAUUGAUGUGGGAAUGCCGUCGCAACUUGUCGAAAAAUAAAAGAUACAAAAAUUAAACAGAAAUAAAGGCAGCGGCAGAGCACACACGUCACAAUGCUGGCAGCACAGCAGCAGCAGCAGCAGCACAAUACCAGCAACAACACCAACACAAACACCACAGAGAACGAGAUGGAGCGCCAGAGGCGGGACUCCACCACCUCGGAAUCCUCGCUGGAGCACCUGGACUUGGGACGCACGCCCAAAAAGCUCAGCGCAGUCAGCAGCGGCGGCGGCGUCGGCGGCAGCGGCAGUCUGGUGCUGCAGCCGACGUCGACGCCACACGAAGUGGCGACAGCGACGUCGCGCAAACGUAAACUGCGCCAGCUCCAACAUCACCACCAGGACCUGCUCAGCGACGAGGACGAGGAGGAGGAGGAAGCAUCAGCGCCCGGGGCCCGCCCCCACGGUCGCCAAAAGCAGCGACGCAACGCCAGCAUCGUGCUGGACGGCAGCGGCAGCGACGCCAGUUCGCUGCGCAAGAAGUUCCGUUUAAAUCGCUCGGCAGCUGCGGUGGCGGCUGUCUCCAGUCUCUCGGAAUCGGGAUUCGUGGACACCACCGGCCACAGCGGCUACUUGGGCAACAACAGCAGCUCAGCGACAGCGACGUCAACGGCAGCAGCAACUGCGACGCAAUCGGCCAGCAGCAGCAACAGUAGCAGCGGCAGCAGCAGCGCCGGAUCCGGUGGAUCUUCGCCGCAAGGUGGCCUGUGCCUCUCCAGCGGCGAGUCCGGCAUCGGGGCGGGGGACGAGCACAUGAAGUACGUGUGCCCCAUCUGCGAGGUGGUCAGUGCCACGCCCCACGAGUUCACCAAUCACAUUCGGUGCCACAACUACGCCAACGGGGACACCGAGAACUUCACCUGCCGCAUCUGCUCCAAGGUGCUCUCGUCCGCCUCAUCCCUGGACCGACACGUGCUGGUGCACACCGGCGAGCGUCCCUUCAACUGCCGCUACUGCCACCUGACCUUCACCACCAACGGGAACAUGCACCGCCACAUGCGCACCCACAAGCAGCACCAGGCGAACCAGUCCCAGUCCCAGUCACAGUCCCAAUCCCAUCAGCAGCAGCAGCAGCAGCGACGCCAGCAACAGUCACAUCCUGCCCAGCAGCAGCAGCAACAGAUGCAGCAGCAGCAGCAGCACCACCUCCACCAGCAACAGAGCCUCAAUCCCGCCCAGCAGUCGCUGUCGGGUCGGGCGGAGAGCUACGAGAGCGAUGCCAGCUGCUCCACAGAUGCCUCCAGUGGGCAUAGCCGCAGUCGCAGCAGCUCCUCCCUCACCCACAACAACAACAACAACUCGCAGAAGGCCAACCACAACCACAAGGACAUGGAGCUGGACCUGGAGCUGGAGGAGGAGGUGAAGCAUCACCACCAGAACCGUCGCGGCCUCAAGACCACCAUCAACAACAAUGUCAUCGAGAGCGAGCACGAGCAGGAGGAGGAGGAGGAGGACCAGGAUCACGACGAUGUCGAUGAGGAGGCGGAUGUGGCCAUGCUGACAUCCACCCCGGAUGUGGCCACUUUGCUGGCCGGUGCCAGUGCCUCGGGAGCUGCCUCCCGCUCUGUGUCCCCCUCGUCGGCCGCCUCGCCGGCGCUCCUGCUCAGCUGCCCCGCCUGCGGAGCCGGGGACUUCGAGACCCUGCCAUCGCUGUGCGACCACCUGGACGCCCGGCAUUCGGACAUCCCGGCCAAGUGUCGUGACUGCGAGGUGAUCUUCGCCAGCCACCGCCAGUUGCAGGCCCACUGCUGUCGUGGGGGACUAGGACGUCCAGUGGGAGUGGGACUGCCGCCUCUUCUGGGCGCCAGCAGCUCCCCGCUCCACGGCGACGACGAUGCCGAGGACGAGGAUGAUGAGGAUGCGGAGAGACGUCUGCGGAUGGAGAAGCAACGUUUGGCCGACCAGCGCCGACCAGCCGACCAGGACUUCUUCCAGCAGCUCUACCUCAAGGGCAAGACCUCUGGCGAGCAUCCGCCGUCGCCCAUCAAGCACGAGCCGGCGGACAGCAAGGACCUGGCCGACAUCCAGAGCAUCCUGAACAUGACCAGCUCCAGCUGCACCAGCAGCUUCCUGCGCAACUUCGAGCAGUCGGUGAACACGCCCAGCUCCAGCCAGUACAGCCUGGACGGCCGUGACCAGGAGGAGGAGGCCCAGGAUGCCUUCACCUCGGAGUUCCGGCGGAUGAAGUUGCGGGGAGAGUUCCCCUGCAAGCUCUGCACCGCCGUAUUCCCCAAUCUGCGCGCCCUCAAGGGCCACAAUCGUGUCCAUCUGGGUUCAGUGGGUCCGGCCGGGCCGUUCCGGUGCAACAUGUGCCCCUACGCCGUCUGCGACAAGGCCGCCCUGGUGCGGCACAUGCGCACCCACAACGGAGAUCGUCCCUACGAGUGCGCCGUCUGCAACUACGCCUUCACCACCAAGGCCAACUGCGAGCGGCACCUGCGGAACCGGCACGGCAAGACCAGCCGGGAGGAGGUGAAGCGCGCCAUCAUCUACCAUCCGGCGGAGGACGCCGGCUGCGGCGAGGACGGCAAGUCCCGGCUGGGCGAGGAUCUGGACCUGAGCUUCCGCUCGAUCAGUCCGACUCCGCCGCCACCACCGCCACCGCUCCCGGAGAGCAGCUCCCAGCUGAAGCACAUGCUUCUCGGCGAGAAUCAGCCAGCGGGUGGAUCUGUCGGAGGAGCAGCUGCCCCCCAGCAGCCCCCGCUGAAGAUCCAGGUGAAGAGUCUGGACCAGCUGGUGGACAAGAAGCCCAGCCAGGAGAAGAGCUCGCCCAGCGCCGCCCUGGACUUCAGCAUGGACGUGCUGGAUCUCAGCAAGAAGCCAUCGAGCGGAUCGGCGGCCAUUACCCCGACACCCACACCGAAUCCGGCUCCGCUGGUGCCUCCGCCGGGAGUGCCUGGCACCCCGGACUUGGCCGCCGCCCUGGAGCAGCAGCAGUUGCUCCUCGCCCAGCAGCAGCUCUUCGCCGGAGUCGCCGGUGAUGCCGCCUCCCAGUAUGUCCAGCAACUUUUCCGCAGCCUCAUGCUCCAGUCCCAGGGUCCUGGCUUCUCGUACCUCUAUGGUGCCUUCAUGGCUCCGCCGCCGCCGCAGGCCAAUCCGGAGAAGCCCUCACCGCUGGUGAGUCCGCCUACCCGGGGCCUGAACCCUCUGCCAAUGGGUGGUGUGGGCGUGCCAGUGCCUCCGGGCGGGCCCGUCAAGAUGGUCAUCAAGAACGGCGUCCUGAUGCCGAAGCAGAAGCAGCGCCGCUACCGCACCGAGCGCCCCUUCGCCUGCGAGCACUGCUCCGCCCGCUUCACCCUCCGCAGCAACAUGGAGCGCCACGUGAAGCAGCAGCACCCCCAGUUCUAUGCCCAGCGCCAGAGGAGCGGCCACCAUGUGAUGCGCGGACGUGGCGCCUCCAACGCCGCUGCCGCUGCCGCCGCCGCAGCUGCUGCCGCUGGCAUGGGAGUUCCCGGCGUGUCAUCCUCUGGCGUCGGCUCCGGAGCUCAUCAUCAUCCCGGCCAUGGUCACGGACACGGUCAUGCCCCCAUCUCGGAGCAGGUGAAGUACGCCAUUCUGGCCCAGCAACUGAAGGCCCACAAGAACACAGAUCUGCUGCAGCAGGCCCUGGCCCACGGAUCAAGCAGUGUGUCCGGCAAUCCCCUCCUGCACUUCGGCUAUCCGCUGGCCACUCCGCCGCCCAACUCUGCACUGCACAACGGCGGCAGCGGACAGACGGGAAACGGAGUGCCCAUGGUCUCCAUGGACGACGAUGAGCCCAAACUGAUCAUCGACGAGGACGAGAACGACAACGACGUGGAGGAGGUGGACGACUUCGAGGAGGACGACGAGGAGGAGGAGGAGGAUGAGCCGGAGGACGAGCCCGAGAUCAUUGCCGACGAGGAGCCACUGCCACGCGACGAGGAGGAGGACCAGCCGGAGGUCAAGAUGGAGGAACUGGAACUGCCGAAGCCACUCACAGAGCAACUGCCUCUCGAGGCGGCCCAGAAGACCGCUGAGACCAUCCUGGAGCAGGCCAUCAAGGCCGGCAAGCCCAUGACCACGCCCCCGCCUCCGGCGAAGGAGCAGCAACUGGAGCAGAUCGCUCCGCCCGCUCCCAGCACCCUGAAGACGAUGAUCGCCCAGGCGGAGUCCGUGGCCAAGUCCCUCAAGGAGGUGGCCAGUUCGCCGUUCAAGGACGAGUCGCAGGACCUGGUGCCGGUGGCCAAGCUGGUGGACAACGCCACCAGCCAGAACAUGAGCUUCAACAGCUACUUCCGGCCCAGCGACGUGGCCAACCACAUGGAGCAGAGCGACGAGGAGGGCCUAGUGGCCUCCGGCAGCGCCUCCGAGAGCAACAACAGCGGCACCGAGGACGUCACCAGCAGCUCCUCCAGCAGCGAGCCGAAGAAGAAGUCCGCCUACAGCCUGGCCCCCAACAGGGUCUCCUGCCCGUACUGCCAGCGCAUGUUCCCGUGGAGCAGCUCCCUGCGCCGCCACAUCCUCACCCACACCGGCCAGAAGCCCUUCAAGUGCUCCCACUGCCCCCUGCUCUUCACCACCAAGAGCAACUGCGACCGCCACCUGCUGCGCAAGCACGGCAACGUCGAGUCCGCCAUGUCCGUCUACGUGCCCACCGAGGACGUCAGCGAGCCGAUUCCCGUGCCCAAGUCCGUCGAGGAGAUCGAGCUGGAGGAGCAGCGCCGUCGCCAGGAGGCGGAGCGCGAGCGUGAACGCGAACUGGAGCGUGCCCGGGAGCGGGAGCUGGAGCGGGAGCGCGAACUGGAGCUGGAGCGCGAGCGGGAGCUGGCCGAGAAGGAGAAGGAGCGCGAACGCCAGCAGCUCAUCCAGAAGUUGGCUGCCCAGAUGGCCGCAGCCGCCGCCGUGGCUGCCACUGUCCCCGGCACCCCGGGAGUCGUCACGCCCGGCGGACUAGAUGCUCAAGCUGGCGGAGAUCUGCCCUACAAGUGCCACUUGUGCGAGGGCUCCUUCGCCGACCGGCUGCAGUGCCUCGAGCACAUCAAGCAGGCCCAUGCCCACGAGUUCGCCCUGCUCCUCGCCAAGGGCGCCAUCGAGAACGAGCCCGUGCUGGGCGAGUCGGCUUCGGGGAACCCCAACCAGCCCCCACCAGCCAGCCAGCAGCCCCACUCCGACGAUGAGGCCACCAACGGCGUGGUCGGUGGAGCCGGAGGCCGUGGCAAGUACCCGGACUACAGCAACCGGAAGGUGAUCUGCGCCUUCUGCGUGCGCCGCUUCUGGUCCACCGAGGACCUGCGCCGCCACAUGCGCACCCACUCCGGAGAGCGCCCUUUCCAGUGCGAGACCUGCCUCCGGAAGUUCACCCUCAAGCACAGCAUGCUCCGGCACAUGAAGAAGCACAGUGGACGUGCCCAUAACGGCGAUGCCCCCGGCUCUGACUGCUCCGAUGAUGAGCAGGUGAGCAGCAGCCCACCUGGCACUCCGGCUCCGCCCACAUCCACCACCGCCAACAACAACAACAGCUGCCACACCAACAACAACAACAACAACACGGUGAGCGGCAAGUUGGGCCUGAAGCUGCCGAAGCUGCACGAGCUGCUGGACAAGGCGACGGAGUGGCGGGCCAGCCGGCUGGCGGGGGAGCACAAGGAGAACCUGGGCGAGGCGACGGCCCCCUCGGGCUCCAGCACGGAUCUGAUCGGGAAUCUGUUGGGGAUCAGCGACCAGGGCAUCCUCAACAAGCUGCUCUCCUCGGCCGACGAGGCGGCCAAGCUCCUCGGGGUGGACAACAAAUAGAUCUUGAAAGCCAUAAGAUACUGCUGGGAGAACCACAUAUUUCUUAAAAAACAGAAAUUAAUAUUUAAAUUUAAAAAAAGGGUAGAAGAGAGUAGAAGAAGCAGCCUUACGUAUACCAAAGCUUAAAUAGUUUUCAGUAAAUUAUAGUACUUAAAAAACAACUUAAAAAACUUAAAAAAUAACUCAAAAAAAGAGACCCAUUCGCAAACACUCCCCUCAUAUUUUUUUUGAAACUUAUUCUAACGGUUUAACCAUCAAAUCAAAAAACAUUUAAAAACACCAUUUUUUUUUUUUGAAGCAACCAUUUUUUUUCCUAGCCGUAGGUUAAUUUUAAAUAUAAAUUUUUAAACUUAAGAACUUAAGUAGCAGCAAUCGAAAAACAACGAACAUUUUUCAUGACAACAAACAAGACUUUCACAAACACACAAAAAAAACACAAGAAACAUAAAUUAAAAAUUAAAAAUUACACAAAAAUAUUAUAAAAAAAUAUGUACAUUGAAAGAGGCCUUGAGAAACCGCAGCGUGGCUUAAAUAUAUUCAUUAAGAAACAAAGAUAAACUAUAAACAAUAUAAACUAAAAACAAACAAAAUUGUAAGUCAAAUUAUCCGAUAAGACUCUAGUUUUAGGCGCAUGUUUUUUUUUAAGGAUCUUAUUUAAAGAAACUCAUUCAUUGCUGUAGCCUACACACUAAAUAUUACUAAAUAUUAGCUAUUAAAUACACGGAAAGCAUGAUUCUUAUAUUAAUUA